AUGUUCGGGACAUUGUCAUCACCUGAGGAAGAGAUGAUCUUUCAAGACCAUCAUUUGUCAUCAUUGUCCUCCUCAACUCCUCUCGAUGCAUUAAAACAAUUCUGUGAACGAUAUCAUGUACCCAUCGAAGAAUAUUAUCCAUCAUAUUCCUCAUCCUCAACAACAACAACAACAAUACAACAUUCUAACACCACAUCGUGUCAUGAUGACAUGAUGAAUAAUAUAUCAUCUCGGAAUGAAUCCUCCAUUCGUUAUUUUAGAAUUUCAUUUCAAAGUAUCCAUGAAUAUAUGAUUCAAAAACAAAUGACUUGUCAAAUUUCAACAACACAACAAUCAAUGAAUCAUCACGAUACCACCUCUCAAUUCUCCUCUCAACAACAAGAAGAAUAUAUUCAAAAUAUUUUAACAUCCAUACAAUCACAAUGUGGACAUGUUCCACAACCACUACUAAAUGAUCAUUCCAAUAAUAAUAAUAGUUAUAAUAAUAAUAAUAAUUAUAAUAAUGAAACGAAUAAUUAUUCCUAUACCACCACCUUCUCUAAAUCUCAAAAUAAUUAUUAUCAAAUUUAUACACUUCCAAAGAGUGUUUCAAUUUCUAAUUUAUUGGAAUAUAAAAAUGGAAUUAUUUAUGGAGUGGAUAUUAGUAGUAUUUAUUGCAUCUUGUCAUUGGAAAAGAUUUUAUUAAAUUCAAUGAGUAAUAAUAAUACUGAUAAUCAUAAUACUGAUAAUCAUAAUACUGAUAAUACUAAUAAUACUAAUAAUAAUAAUAAUACUAAUAAUAAUACUACUAGUAUCAAUCACAUGACUCUUUCUGAUAAUCACAAUAGAAAUGAUCCAUUAUUCCAUAAUCAUUCAUUACCAAAUGUUUUGGAUAUUUGUACUGCACCUGGUACAAAAUCAUGUCUCUUGUAUGAUUUGUAUAAAUGUAGAAUUUCAAAUGCAUAUUCAUCAUUGGAAUCAUCAUUGAAAUCAUCAUUAGAAUCAUCAAUAGAAUCAUCAUUAGAAUCAAAAUCUUCACCAUUAGAAUCAUCAUAUUCAUCAUCAUUGCCAUCAAAUGCAUCAUUGGAGUCAUCAAAAUCUUCAAUCCCAUCACCACCACUGCUCCUCUCAAAUCAUUAUCAUCCUAACACUCUCUCUUAUAUUCAUACCAUUACAGGAAUUGAUAAUAAUUAUCAUCGAAUCAUGACCUGUAAAAAUAUAUUUAAAAAAUAUCAUUUAAAUGAUAUUCGAUUAAUCUAUGCUGAUGGAACGAGAUAUUCAACACUACAUGGUCAACCCACACGAAUGAAAAGAUUUAAAUAUAUUGAGAAGGUGAAAGAAUUACCAAAUAAUGGAAUUUUAAUUUAUGAAAAAUAUGGAAUGAAAAAGAGAAUGAAAGAAUUAGAUGUGAAACAUUUAAAAAAGAGAAAAUCAUUGAAUGAUGAUUCACAUUCUUUGACCACCGUUCAUCAUGAAGAUAAUAAUACUUUGAAUAAUAAUAGUAUCAUUUCCAACCAUAGUGAUUCUAAUAUCAUACUGAAUAAUAAUAAUAUCAUUCCCAACCAUAGUCACGAUUCUAAUAUCAUUUCCAACCAUAGUCACGAUUCUAAUAUCAUUCCCAACCAUGAUUCUAAUAUCAUACUGAAUAAUAAUAAUAUCAUUCCCAACCAUAAUACCAAUAGUACUAUGAAUAUUCCACAAAAUAUUUUUGAAUCUCUUUCUCCUCUCUAUGAUAUUGUCAUUGUAGAUGCAGAAUGUAGUACAGAUGGUCGAGUUGAAUAUUUUAGAAAUAAUUUAAAACAAAUUCAAUAUACAUUAGAAAAUAUGGAACAUGUUGUGAAUUUACAAAAACAAUUAUUAGAGAAUGCAUUUGUGAAUUGUUUGAAACCAUGUGAUGAAUCCAUCCACAAGAACUCUCAAUAUGGAAUUCUUUUAUAUUGUACAUGUUCAUUCACUGUGGAACAAAAUGAAAAUGUCAUUCAAUAUUUACUAGACAAGUAUCAGAGUAGUAGAGAAAAUACUUCUUCCACCACAACACUUGAUGAAACUGAGAAGAGUAGUAGUGUGGAGACUGAGAGUAGUAGUAGUAGUAUUCGUUCUAGAACGAAGGAUCCUUCCAAUGAUUGCAAUGGUAGUAAUACUAGUAGUAUUGGUUCUACGGUCAUUCUAGCAGAGAGGACCAUCAUCGUUGUGAACCAUUUGGAAUUGAAUUAA